AUGGACGUGGUCAUGGGUGACGCGGAGGUGGAGCGCAUGCAGCGCGAGGCCAAAGCGUGGCCCUUGGAACAACUGGAACUCCUGAGGAAAGUGCUGCAGAACGUGGUGGAGAAUCCCAAGGAGCCCAAGUUCCGGAAGCUGAAGACGGGCAACGCCCGCAUCGCUGCCUUGCUGGCCCUGCCGGCGGCGCGGAGCGGUCUGGAGGCGCUGGGAUGGCAAGCGACGGAGGAGGCGCUGGAGCUGCCGGAGCGCGCCGAGCUGGCGCCCUUUGCAGCAGUGCUGGAGGCCACGAAGCCACAGCCCCUGGGAGAGCUGGUGCCCCUUACGGUGCUCCGGGGCGCGCUGAAGUCCAAGCUGGAGCUGCCCUGCAACCUGCCCUUCAGCGGCCUCGCCGCCGCCCUCGAGCAGUCGGAUGCCCUGGGCCGUAUCCCUCGAGCGCGCCAGCGCCUGCUGGUCGGGGUGCCUCCCAAGCCGCUCAGCGAGCUGUGGCCCAACUACCAGGCCAUGACGAUCGAGGAGCUAAACCUCAAAGCCUUCAAGCUGGAGGACACUUGGGAAGAGAUGGUGGCAGACCUGCGCGCACUAAGGGCCAGCUUCGGAGCUCUUUUGGGGGUCCUCUCCUGCAAGAGGACCUUACAGGACAACUACGGUUUCCUUCUGGACUCUGCCAAGGCCUUGCUGCAGGCCAAGGCCAAGCAGAUGGACGCCACGGAGCUCCAAAACGCGCGGAAGUGCUUCGCCGUGCUUUGGCCCCCAGGCGCCGCGGAGACGCGACAGGCGCGCCUGGAGCACUGUGCCGCGUGCACGCCGCUGAGCGCGCCGCAGAAGGCGGAGGACGGGUCCGUGAUCCAGUUUCCUUUGCGGGUGGAGAGGGCUGAGCUCUUCGACUCUGCGAUCUCCCAGAUAGCCAGCGCCUCGGCAGAGGAGCUGCGGAGGCCGCUGCAGGUGACCUUCGCCAACGAGGCGGCGGAGGAUGCCGGGGGCCCGCGCCGGGAGUUCUUCAACGACUUCGGGCGCGCCUGCGCGGAGCAGACGGAGGUCUGGCAGCUCACGGCCGCUGGGUCCCUCCUGCCGGCGGAGUGUGCCAGCUCGCUGCGCGGCUGCGGCCGCGUCUGCGGCCUGGCGCUAUGCCAGGCCGAGAACGCCGCUCAAGAGCAGCGGGUGCGCGAGAACGCAACCCUGCAAGAGCUGCUGGCGGCGGUCACGGAAGGCGAGGAGGGCGCAGCGGUGGUGCAGCAAAAGCUGCUGCUGGGCGCGCCGCUGGCGCGGCCCUUUCUUCGCUGCGUGCAGGCGGACGCCCCUGAGACCUUGGAAGACCUGCAGGCGGAGCUCAACGCGGAGCAGCACGAGAGCGCGCCGGACUUUCGGGGCGCCAAGGCCUUCCUGAGCACAUCCCUCCGGGACAUGGGCCUAGAAGGACAGCUGACUUUUAGCCGACAAGUCGGUGGGCGCACUGUAGACCUUACGCCCGGCGGCCGCGACAUCGUGGUCACCGAGGAGACAAAGCUGUCCUGGCUGCGGGCCGUGCUGAAGAGUGAGUUGGUGGACUCUCUGCAGGAGGCGGCUGAGAGCUUCCGGCUGGGCGUCCUGGAGACCUGCGGCGCGGCGUACCUGGCGCUGCUCUCGGCCGCGGAGCUUCAAGAGGAGUGGUCGGGGCUUGCCCUGAUCAAGGACGAGGACUUGAAGCUUUGGCGAGAGCGCGCUGCAAUCAAUCCAGCUCGGAAGGCCCAGGCGGACUGGUUCUUCGAGAUCCUGGCGGAGGAACCUUCCAACGGGCGGCCCAAGGUUCUGAAGUUUACCACAGGCAGCGACCGCUGGCCCUCGGACCCCAAAACCUUCGCCUUCUACGUGGAGCCCAUGGACGGAGGGGACGAGGUGUUGCCGAGAGCCAUGACCUGCGGCAACAUGCUGCAGCUGCCCAACUACAGCUCCAAGGAGCAGUUGCGGAGCCAGCUGGCGAAAGCCUGCGAGCUGGGCUUGUCCAUGCAGCUGGUGUAG